CAAGAACACACCCAAUCACCUCAAUCAUGUGCGGCUCCGACGUCUUCCUCGGCAUCCUCGCCAUCUUCUUCCCGCCCAUCGCAGUCUGGGUCAAGCGCGGAAUCUGCUCAGCCGACAGCCUCAUCAACAUCGCCCUGUGCUGUCUCGCCUACCUCCCCGGCCUGCUCCACGCCUGGUACAUCAUCUCGGUCUCGCCCGAUCCGACUUACGACGAACUCGCACAACACGACCCCGAACGUGGCGGUAACGUCACAUACUACUACGUCCAGACGCAACCUGCAUCUCGUGGUCCAGCUGCGCCGGGCGGACCGCAGGGUUAUGGCACGGUGAACAACGUGCCGAAUGCGCAGUUUCCGGGUCAGCAGCAGGGAUUUGUGAAGCCACCGAAGGGACAGAGGACUGUGGCCGCUCCGGUUGCGCCAGCUGCUGCGGGACAGUCGAGUCAGGCGGGUGUGGGUGAAGAGAUGCCGCCGCCUUCGUAUGCGAAUGCUGUGGCGGGAGAUCACAAGAUUCAAGGACCGUGAAGUGGAUGGGAAGGAUAAUGCAGGCACGAGGUUACAAGGAUAUGAGGCUAUGACUUGAUGCGCGCGAUCUGGACUAACGAGAGUCCUCGUGAGGUGGCGCUUGGCU